AUGGAAGUGUCUUUUGGGAAUAGGAAACUGAGACUUAAUGUGUUUAAUGUUGGUUUAGAGCUGAUGCAUAAGGACGAUAAUGAGUAUUUCAUGCUUGAUGCUAUUGACAGUCUAAUGGAGGCUCAUGUCCCACAACUGUUAUAUGAUGAUGUGAUUUACACUCUUAUGAAUCUGUCUAUUGAGGAGAUAUGUAACUUGAGUGUUGUGUUUAAAAUUCAGGAGCUUGUUGUGAUCUACUACGUAAGCAAGACCCUCUCCGAUGCUCAAUACAGUUGCAUCACUACCGAGAAAGAGUUACUUGCAGUAGUGUUCUCCCUUGAUAAACUCCUGUCUUAUUUGCUUGGAUCUAGGAUAGUUGUCUUUACAGACCACGUUGCAGUUAGUGGCAAGAUGGCCGCUUUAAAGUUCCUCCAGUGUGGUUUUUAUUGGCCUAGUAUUUUUCGCAAUGCAUUGCUUGGUAUUAAUUUCAUGGGUCUAUUUCUCUCAUCUUUUGGCUUUGAAUAUAUCUUGCUUAUAGUGGAUUAUGUGUCUAAAUGGGUAGAAGCCAUUGCCACUAGGACCAAUGAUCAUAAGGUGGUCGUCAACUUUGUUCAAUUGCACAUGUUUAGUCAUUUCAGUUACUCGUAUGCCAUCAUCAACGAUGGUGGUUCGCAUUUCACCAAUAGGCAAUUUGGCUCACUAUUGAGAAAGUACUCAAUCACCUAUAAAGUUGUCAUACCUUAUCACCCUCAAACUAGUGGACAAGUGGAACGUGCUAACAGGGAAAUUAAGACUAUCUUAAAGAAAAUUGUACAAUUCGAUCAUAAGGAUUGGUUGAUGCGUCUGAAUGAAGCACUUUGA